UAUAAAUAUAUAUUUAAAUAAAAAUUAUAAUUUUUAAUAAUGUCAUUAAAUCAACCAAGAUUUUCAUCUUCCUUAUCACCAAUUACCUCUGCAGCUCAAGUAGUUUUAUCUUCAUCUAAUUUAACUUCAGCAACUGCUGCUACUAUUUUGAAUUCUGUUACUAAUAUCAGUUCUGGUAAUAUAGCCAGUACAAGUUAUGGCCAAAAUUUAAAUAUAAAACAUCUAAGAAAAAGACCAUUGCAAACUCAUCCGAUAUCUUUUGGUUCAAGUCAAACUAAUAUUACUGAUAAAUUAAAUGACAUCACAUGCCCAGUAUGCUUUGAAGUAAUAAAAGAACCUUACGUCACUAAAUGUGGACAUAAUUUUUGUUUUAAUUGCAUCAAGACUAGUUUGGAAGUUUCAAAUCGUUGUCCUCAAUGUAAAUUUGUAAUAGAUCGCAAAGAUCAGAUUUUUCCAAACACAGCAUUAAAUACUCUUAUUGAUGCAUGCAGCGGCAGAGGUUAUUUGAAACGGAAGAAAGCUGAUCUCUCUGUACAUAGCAAUGAAAUUUACGAUAUUGUCAAAAAAGAAAAUUUGGACCUUAGUGAAGUCAAUAAUCUUCUCGAUGCACUUAUACAAAAAAAAGAAUCAUUAGAAGCUGAUACUGAAGCUGUGCAGUUGGAAAUUUUGAAAGAGUUUCUUCUUCAGCUUAAAAAUCGAAAGCAACAGGAAUUCGAUAAACUAAAAGAAGAAAUUCGAUUUUUAGAUGAAGAUUUGUCGUUAACAGAAAGUAAGAUAAAUACACAUUCAUCUGGAAAACAUAGUUUAGGACAGAUGCAUGUAGUUCCAACAACUCCUACAAUUAUACCUGUUCGGUACUCAUCUGGAACAUAUUUUCCAAUGGAUGACAACAAUGAACAAAUUGAUUCUAGCCAAAAUGAUGGUUUUAAUAAUACUAGGCACAGUCAAGCAAUGUUUCAGUAUGGAUGGUCUGCAUCUGCUUUAGCAUCGCGUAGACAACGAAUGUUUCAACAUUUUGAUGACUUACAAACAUGUUAUUAUAACGCUAAAAAAAUGAGCAUUUUUAAUGAUGUGAAACCCGGUGCAGCAUUAGACUUUGUUGCUGAAAGCCUCACAAAGUUUACUCAAUUUAGUUCUUGCAAAAAACUUGCUACACUUAACUAUGCAAGCGAUAUUUAUAAUGGCUCAAGUAUUGUUUCCAGUAUUGAGUUUGACCGUGAUUGCGAUUAUUUUGCUAUUGCUGGUGUAACCAAGAAAAUCAAAGUGUUUGAAUAUGGUCAAAUUCUACGGGAUGUAGUCGAUAUUCAUUACCCUGUGCAUGAAAUGACCUGUAACUCAAAAAUAAGUUGUAUAAGUUGGAGUCAGUAUCACAAAGGCAUGCUGGCAAGUAGUGAUUAUGAGGGAAUUGUCACAAUAUGGGACGCAUUUACUGGUACUCAAACACAAGUCUUUCAGGAACAUGAAAAAAGAUGCUGGAGUGUUGACUUUAAUAUUGUUGAUCCAAAUCUUAUUGCAUCAGGAUCAGAUGAUGCUAAGGUUAAGCUAUGGGCAACUAAUAUGGAACAUUCAGUUGCCACAUUAGAAGCUAAAGCUAAUGUUUGUUGUGUUAAAUUUAAUCCAACGAGUCGCUACAAUGUAGCGUUUGGAUCAGCAGAUCAUUGCAUACACUACUAUGAUUUACGUAAUCCAAAGCGUUCUUUAUCGGUCUUGAAAGGACAUCGAAAAGCUGUUUCAUAUGCUAAGUUUCUGGAUGGAAAUCAAAUCGUAUCAGCGUCUACUGAUAGCCAAUUAAAACUCUGGGAUGUAAAUAAUGCUCAGUGUUUGCGAACCUACACGGGACACUCCAAUGAAAAGAAUUUUGUCGGAUUAGCAACAAAUGGAGAUUACAUUGCAUGUGGUAGUGAAAACAACUCGUUAUUUUGUUACUACAAAGGUGUCUCAAAGCAACUCGUCACUUAUAAAUUCGAUACAAUUCACGGACCUUUGGAUAAAGAAAAACGUGUCGAAGAAUCUAAUGAAUUUGUUUCAGCUGUGUGUUGGAAACCUGGUUCUAAUGUAAUAGUUGCAGCAAACAGUCAAGGUUUAAUAAAUGUUCUGGAAUUAAUUUAAUGUCAAUCUUUACGCGUCAUUCUUCAAUAUAGUUGUUGUUUUCUGUUGUUGAAGAAACUUUUAGAAGAAAAAUUAAAAUUUCUCCUUUGUUCUGUAUUUUUACACACAAAAUUUGCACAUCUUUAUAUACGGUAAAAUUGAGAGUGGCUAUUCUGUAGAUUUUCUCAUUUCCGUUCUCAGUGCUUUCAAAGGUUCCAAUCGAAUAUUCUCGUGUUUGUUUGUUGUUUUUUUUUGUUUUUUUUUUUAAAUAUAUAUUUUGUGUUGCCAGAAGUCCGAAAAUUUUUUUAUUGCAAAAAUCAUAAACGUUUAA